AAUUCUGCUGGUGGAAAAUCUGACAGGGGCAGCUCAUGAGCACAGGCCAGGCCUCGUGCGGCUCGGAAAGCAGUGCUGCAUCUUCCUCCGAGCCUCCAGCGUGGCUCCAGGCUUUCAUCUCCCACCGAGAGAGAGAUGCCUCAGGAACAGUACGCGCACAGGAGCACCAUGCAGACCUCGGAAGGACCCCAGGUAUACAAAGUGGGGAUUUAUGGCUGGAGGAAGAGAUGCCUCUAUUUCUUUGUGCUGCUCCUAAUGAUUUUAAUCCUGGUGAACCUUGCUAUGACCAUCUGGAUUCUGAAGGUUAUGAACUUCACAAUUGAUGGAAUGGGCAACCUGAGAAUCACGGAUAAGGGUUUGAAGCUGGAAGGAGAUUCAGAAUUCUUGAAACCUCUCUACGCCAAAGAAAUCCGGUCAAGACCAGGCAACCCACUGUACUUCCAGUCUGCCAGAAAUGUGACGGUGAACAUCCUCAAUGAGAAGACUAAAGUCCUUACUCGCCUUGUAACAGGUCCCCAAGCAGUGGAAGCACACAGCCAAAAAUUUGAGGUGAAAACCCUCUCUGGAAAAUUGCUGUUUUCUGCAGAUGACAAUGAAGUAGUAGUCGGAGCAGAGAGAUUGAGAGUUUUAGGAGCAGAAGGCACAGUGUUCCCUAAAUCUAUAGAAACUCCCAAUGUCAGGGCAGACCCCUUCAAGGAACUAAGGAGCAGCAUACCUUAUUGCUUGUGCCCUAGGAGGAAUGCCUGGUCUGCAGGCUCUAAGGACCAUUUUUGCAGCGUUGACUUUAAUGGGAUCUGUAGGUUAUUGACUAACUGCAGCUGUAAGUCUCCUGAAAGCGAUCAUUGGACAACGACCCAGAGAGAAGGACCAGCAAGCCAGCAUUUGUUUCAGUGCAAGCUGUGUAUCUUGCAUUUCUAAAACCUGAAGUGAAGAGCAAAGCAGGCAAAAUAAAAAUCUUUGCCUUACUCAGCACUCGGUACUUGCCUUUAAGGAAGGACUAUCUCCCCACUGAGCCUUUGCACGUGAGCCUGGACGCCCUCUUGCAAACCAAAGCCAGCUCCUGCAGCCAUGCAGAGCACAGCAUGGGAAUCGCAGCUGGGGUUUCACUGCUGAAGAGCAGCAGUUAUCAACCAGCUUCCUUAAAACUGAGUGUUUAAUAUGGACUCCUCAUUAACCUGGUACAAAAUAGGAAAGGACAGUUUAGAUGCUUUCCUGCUCGAGUGAGAAGAUGCUGGGUAUUUUGUUUCCUACUGCUUUCUGCUCAUGCCUGAGGGCUUGGCUGUAUCAAGGCAAUAACAGUUAUUAUUUAGUGUGAGCGAGGUACUUUGAGCUGUAUGAGUCCAUUGUGAUUAAAAAGAACACUUGUACAAAAACAUUAAUUGUACUUUAGACUGGAGACAGGAAUUGAUAGCUGUUGUAUAACUAUAUUAAAGAGAAGAAAAAUGUAUCUAUAACUAUAAUGGAAUUCUUUCUUUUGAAAGCAGUACUUUGUA